AUGGUCAGGACCUCUUCGCUCCUGACGCUCCUGGCGACCGCCGCCACGGCGGUUGUUGGCCAAGACACCGACUCCGACCCCAACAAGGCACAGCCCGCCAUUCCCGGUGCUUUCAUUAUCGAGUUCCAAGAUGGCCAUAACAACAAGGCCGCUCUUGAUGCCGUCCAGCAGGACGCCACCGUCCGUGUCGACCUCAACUUUGAGCUGUUCCAGGGCGUUUCCAUCCAGCUAAACGACGUCAACACCGCCGACGAAAAGGCAGAGAAGCUCGCCGCCCUGCCCGCCGUCAAGAACAUCUGGCCCGUCAAGUUGGUGCCCCGCCCCAACCCUAAUGUCGAGUGGGUGGCCACCGAAGGUCUGCAGGCGCUGGCCGACAAAGGCGACUCCGGCACCAUUAGCGCGCGAGAUGGCGCUGAGCCCAUCAGCAGUGCCCAGCGCAUGGGUCAAAUUGACAAGAUGCGUGCCAAGGGCUAUAAGGGCCGCGGCAUCAAGGUUGCUGUUGUCGACACUGGUAUUGAUUACAAGCACCCUGCUCUCGGCAGAUGCUUUGGCGAGGGCUGUCUUGUCGGCUACGGCUACGAUCUCGUCGGUGACCACUAUGGCAGCGACGGCGACUACCACCCCGUGCCCGACAACGACCCCAUGGACUGCGGCGGCCACGGCAGCCACGUCGCGGGCAUCAUUGCCGCCCAGCCCAACGAGUACAACUUUACCGGCACGGCACCCGACGUUACCCUCGGCGCCUACAAAGUCUUUGGCUGCUCCGGCAGCACCGGCACCGACGUGCUCAUCUCGUCCUUUAACAAGGCCUACCAGGCUGGCUCCGACAUCAUCACUGCUUCUAUUGGUGGCCCCUCUGGCUGGGUCGAUGAGCCCUGGGCUCAGACGAUUGCGCGUAUAGUCGCCCGUGGCGUGCCUUGCACCAUUGCCGCCGGCAACGAAGGCACUGACGGCCUCUUCUUCCCCAGCAGCGGCUCGACCGGCAAGGGCGCCGUGUCCAUUUCUUCUUUUGACAACACCGAUACCCCUGUGCUCGCCAACGUCAACUACUACGCCGUCGACGGCGGCGACAAGAAGCAGCUUCUCACCACCAGCUCCGCCAAGGAUGCUUGGGAUGGCGUGACGCUCGACGUCUGGGCCGGCAGCUACGACACCACCAAGCCCGACGACGGCUGCAAGGCUUACCCCGCCGACACGCCCGACCUGAGCGACAAGAUUGUGCUCAUUCACCGCGGCACCUGCGCUUUUGCCGACAAGGUCAACUUUGCCACGGCCAAGGGCGCCAAGUAUGUCCUCAUCUACAACAACCAACCCGAUCCGCUGAGCAUGCUGGUCGACGGCACACCGCUCGCUCUCGGCAUCAGCCUCAUCUCGUCGGAGGACGGCGCCACCAUCAUCGGCCUGCUCAAGGACGGCAAGAAGGUGACUGUGUCCAUGAACAGCUCGGCCAAGUCGGGCAAGUCGCUCUCCAUCAAGAAAAACACCGUCACGGGUGGUGCCCUCAGCAGCUUCACCACCUGGGGCCCCUCGUGGGAGCUCUUUGUCAAGCCCGACGUCGGCGCCCCCGGCGGCAACAUCCUGUCCACCUACCCCACGGCCAAGGGCUCCUGGGCCGUGCUCUCCGGCACCUCGAUGGCGACGCCGUUUGUCGCCGCCUCGGUCGCGCUGCUCCUUGAAGUCCGCGGCAAGAAGCUCUCGCCCGCCACCAUUACCAACCUGCUCUCUGCCAACGCCAACCCGCAGCUGUUCAACGAUAACACAAAGUUCCUCGAUAAGCUGGCCCCCGUGCCGCAGCAGGGCGCUGGUCUGAUCCAGGUGUACGACAGCGCGUUUGCGACGACGCUCCUGGAGCCGUCCAACCUCGCCUUCAACGACACGGCCAACUUUGUCAAGCAGCUCACAUUCAAGGUCAGCAACACGGGCAAGGAGUCCGUCACCUACGACCUCGGCCAGGUCUCCGCCUACACCAUGUACGCGCUCGGUGCCUCGGGCAGUCACGUGCAGCCUUUCCCCAACGAGGCCGUCGACAGCUACGCCAAGCUGAGCUUCAGCAAGGACAAGCUGACCAUUCCUGCCGGUGGCUCCGAGUCGGUCGACAUCAGCGCCACGCCGCCCGAGGGUGCCGACGCCAAGCGCCUGCCCGUGUGGUCAGGCUUCGUCACCAUCAACGGCACCGACGGCACCUCGCUGUCGAUGCCGUACCAGGGUGUAUCCGGCUCGAUGAAGGACCAUGUCGUCGUGGACCCCAACGCCAGCUGGAUCUCUUGGAGCGACGACAAGGAGCUCAAGGCCCUCCCCGUCAACCAGACCUUUACCCUCCCCGGCCCGGGCAAGGCCACGCCGCAGACGCGUCUGCCGCAGUUUGUCAUCAACAUGAGCCUCGGCUCCAAGAACAUUACCGCCCACCUGCAGCCCAUGACGACGUGCCCGCCCAAGGGUACCUUUGAGUACAAGGGCUACAAGACGAUUGGCCAGCCGUUUGAUUUCCCGAUGCUUUUCAGCAGCCGCGGCGCGGUGACGGAUCCAUGGGACGGACAGCUCGACAAUGGCGACUAUGCGCCGCCGGGCAAGUACCGCAUUGUGGUGCGUGCGCUGCGCGUGUUUGGUGACCCCAACAAUGACAAGGACUGGGAUACCACGAUUGGUACCCGGUUUGUGAUUAAAUAUGAUUAG